AAAGUAUCGCGGUGUCCGCAGUAUUCCACCGGUGUAUAUAUUAGAGCGGUGGACAGGGGAUGCAAAAAUUAAAGGGUGAGCGUGCCGGAUUCCAAGCAACCCUCUAUGUAGGACCCAACGUCUCAAUGAUCUUUGCAAACUUGCUGCCCAAUUGGGGGAAGUUGGAUCUUUAUCCCUGGAAACCUAUGAAUCAGCUGUAAACGCACUAAAAGCUGCUAUGAACGAUUGUGUCAAUGCAAAUAACUCUGUGAAGAGUGCUUCAGUCUCUAACUUUUCAUUUUCUCAAUGCAAUCAUAACGUUGAUGAAGAGAUUCAACGUUGCAGUAUGGCAAAGUCCUCAAAGAGAAAGAAAGUACAGAAGAAGCGCAAGUAUUGUAGGUUCAAUCUAAUGUUGAAGUACUAUCUACCGGUAUCCAAGAUAGCAGCCUGCAGAUGGAUCAAUCAAACUCAAAACUACCAACUCAUGAAGAUGCUUUCCUUGCUCAGAGGCACGUACAAGAAUCCAGGCCCCAGAAUGGAAACUAUUGACGGAUACUAUGUUCCUCAUCAGAGCGUUCAUGCAUUGGGUCCGUUGAGUUCUCUAUCUAUGUUACAAGAUAGCUAUUACAGCAAUCAUCAAGCCUCACAAAACGUUCUGGGAAACUUGAAUUAUAUAUUAGACCAUGGCGGUCAUUACUCUGCUCAAAGUAUUCAAGGACUGUUGCAGGGACAACUUAGCUUCAGAGCGCCACUACUGCAUACUUCUUUUGACAUUCAGGGAAAUUCAUCUGAUAUGGACAAUUCAACCAGUGUCACAGGAAAACAUAUGCAGGAUUAGUGUUUCUCUCGGCAGGAUUGGAAACAAUGCUUAAUUUAUCGCCUUAGGAAGUUAGCUGAAUAGGAAAUUAAGGUUACUCUCAAAUUUAUCUAUGCCUAAGCAUGUUUAAUGUAGAAGGGGAAAUAAUUGUACGUUAAUUACUGAAGUCUUCUGAUAAAUAUCAAUAAGGACUUCAAUAUUUCUUUUGUUUCUGGAUGCAACAUAUGGUCCCGUGAUAUGAGAAGAAAUGUUUCUGUUUUC